GCAGGAUGGAUUUUAGCCAGGGCAAUCUGUUCGGAUACAUAGAAGACCUGCAGGAGCUAACUAUUAUAGAGAGGCCGGUCCGCAGGAGUCUGAAGACACCAGAAGAAAUAGAAAGACUGACAGUUGAUGAAGAACUCAAUGAUAUUGAAAGGGCUGUUUACCUACUCAGUUCUGGCCAGGAUAUCCAAGGAACCAGUGUGGUGGCAAAUCUUCCAGUUCUGAUGCGACAGAAUCCUGCAGAAACACUUCGUCGUGUUUUACCAAAAAUACGAGAGGUGCUGCAUGUUGCAGGAGUGGAAAUGCAGUUAACAGCUGCUGUUUCAUUUUUGACUGUUCUGCAAGAUGAGUCGGUGUCCAUUCAUACGUACUCCCACUCCUUCCUACACAUCAUUCUCCAGAACCUGGAACACAGAGAUGCAGGUGUCAGCAAUGCAUGGCUAGAAACCCUUCUUGCUGUAAUAGAAGCUUUACCCAAAGAGACUAUCAGACACGAGAUACUGAAUCCACUUGUUUCCAAGGCACAGAUUUCUCAAACACUUCAGUCCCGCUUGGUUAGUUGUAAAAUCAUGGGAAAAUUAGCUUACAAAUUUGAAGCUCAUAUUGUUAAAAGAGAGAUUCUUCCAUUGGUAAAAUCACUGUGCCAGGAUGUAGAGUAUGAAGUAAGAACUUGCAUGUGUCGGCAGCUGGAGCAUAUAGCUCAAGGAAUAGGGACAGAACUGACCAAAACUGUAGUGCUUCCUGAAUUGGUAGAGCUGGCAAGAGAUGAGGGCAGCAGUGUACGCCUUGCAGCUUUUGAGACAUUAGUGAAUCUGCUUGAUAUGUUUGAUGCAGAUGAUAGGAGUCAAACUGUGCUUCCCUUAGUGAAAUCAUUCUGUGAAAAGUCCUUCAAAGCAGAUGAAUCUAUCCUAGUUUCUUUGUCUUUCCAUUUAGGGAAACUGUGCAAUGGAUUAUAUGGCAUUUUUACUCCUGAGCAGCACUUACGGUUUUUGGAAUUCUAUAAGAAGCUUUCCACACUGGGUUUGCAGCAGGAAAAUGGACACAAUGAUAAUCAACUACAACUUCAAACUCUGGAACAGGAAAAGAAGUAUAUUUCAGUGAGGAAGAACUGUGCUUACAAUUUUCCAGCCAUGAUAGUUUUUGUGGAUCCAAAGAACUUUCAUUUAGAACUAUAUUCUAUAUUCUUCUGCCUUUGUCAUGACCCUGAAGUUCCUGUCAGAUAUACCAUGGCCAUAAGCUUCUAUGAAGUUGCUAAGCUUUUAAAUUCUGGUGUGUAUACAAUUCAUAAAGAACUGGUUACGCUAUUACAAGAUGAGUCACUGGAGGUGUUAGAUGCACUAGUAGGUCACCUUCCUGAAAUCCUUGAACUAAUGACGACUAAUGGAGGAGAAAACAGUGGAUCAGAAAGCAAGUUACUCUCUAUUCCUGACUUGAUUCCUGCAUUAACAACAGCAGAACAGAGAGCUGCAACUUCAUUAAAGUGGAGAACUCAUGAGAAGUUACUACAAAAAUAUGCAUGUCUCCCUCAUAUCAUAUCAAGUGAUCAGAUUUAUUACCGUUUUCUUCACAGAAUGUUGACAAUCAUUUUGACAAAUAAUGUCCUGCCAGUCCAAAAAGCAGCUGCUCGAACUCUCUGUGUUUAUUUACGUUAUAAUCGCAAACAAGAACAGAGGCGUGAGGUUAUUCAGAAACUGAUUGAACAACUGGGCCAAGGAAAAAGUUAUUGGAACAGACUUCGUUUUUUAGAUACUUGUGAAUUCAUUAUGGAACUCUUUUCAAAGUCAUUCUUCUGUAAAUACUUCUUUCUGCCUGUGCUCGAACUUACACAUGACCCAGUGGCAAAUGUGAGAAUGAAGCUGUGCUAUUUGUUGCCGAAAGUUAAAUCUACUCUGAAGAUUCCCAGUGAUAAACAUUUGCUUCAGCAGUUGGAGUUAUGUAUACGGAAACUUUUGUGUCAAGAGAAAGACAAAGAUGUCCUGACUAUUGUGAAAAGAACAGUGUUAGAAUUGGACAGAAUGGAUAUCUCUUUAGAUGCUUUUCAGAAAAGAUUUUACGAAAAUGAUUUAUUGGACCAAGAAAAAGAGAGACAAGAGCAUCUCCUUUUGGAAAUGGAACAGCUUGAAAAAGAGAAGCAGCAAAGUGAAGGAAGAUCUACAAAUGUUAAUGAUAAAAUAUUUGAAAAGAAGCGUAGAGACAAUAAAACGUCAUCAGUCUUGGCAAAAAGUAUGACUCUUUCUGUUUCUGGGAGCUCUUCUGGUACAUCAGCAGGCAAAGAAGACAAGAAAUCCAAGUUGGUUCGAAGCCAGUCUUUCAGUACUCAAGCACUACAUCCAAAAUACAGCAACAUAGACAAGUGUCCUAAUAAAAGCUCUGCUACAGGAUAUACAUCUUCAGUAUCAGGAAUGGGGAAGAGUUGUAUGUUAUCCUUUACUGAUGAUACAUUCCGGACUCGUUCCACUGGUAAUAGUGGGAAUGCUACCUUCCCUUCCAGUUCCUCCCUCACAACUUCUCGCAACUCCUUUAAUUCAGCUGACCAAAAGAACAAUGGAAAUAAAGAGAGUCAGUCCCGAAAGAUGAGCAUAAAAAACAGAAAAUCAAACUCUUAGAUCUUCUGACAGAAAAAGAAGAGAACCGGAGACUGUUGGAAGCAACAUUCUUGUGCGAUAAAUCUGGAGCAGCAGAUGGGACUCUAUAAUGCCUGGAGUGACAAAAUGUAUCUUGCAUUGUUAAAAUCUUUUAUCUUUUAAAUAAAAUCCCAAGUUGUAAAAUAUGUUCCAGUAAGUAACGUAACGGUUGCAGAAUUCUAAUGUUGUAGUGAAAUGUUAUGAAAUAUAACUUCAGCUAUGU